AUGAGUUUUCUGCGCCGGCGUGCAGACGCAGUGUCGGCGCCAUACACGGUCCCGAACACCGGCCAGUGGGACGGAAACGACGGCUCCUGGUCCACUUUUCGCCUGAGCGUUGGGACGCCAGCCCAGGAAUUCCGCGUUCUCGUAUCAACGCGCGGUCACGAGACUUGGGUGCCUGCUCCUGACGGCUGCACCGCCGACGACCCUUCCGACUGUGCCUCUUCGCGCGGUGCUGAGAACAGCGUAGGCUUCCAGACCAACAAGUCGUCGACCUGGGAGUCCGUGGGCACCUACACCCUGGGCCUCGAAGACGACCUCGGCCUGAGUGGGGAUGGGCUGUAUGGCUACGACUCGGUCCGCCUAGGCAGCAGCAGCGACGAUGCCGCUCUGCAGAUGGACCACCAGCUUGUUGCUGGCGUCGCCGACAAGGAGUUUUACAUGGGAGUGCUGGGCCUGAGCCCCGUCUCCUCCAGCCUCGAUAGCACGAGCGACCCCGUUACCAGCCUCCUGGACAACCUGAAAACAAACAACUCCAUCCCAAGCCUGUCGUACGCCUAUACCGCUGGCGCCUACUACCGCAAUGACAAAGUCCCUGGAAGUCUUCUCUUGGGCGGCUACGACCAAGCCCGGUUCAAUUCGCCCCCGACCUUCAACUUCAGCUUCGCCGACGGCGACACCAGCAAUCUAAUGGUCGGCGUGCAGUCUAUCACGGCGUCCAACAGCCUGAUCGGCGUCGCGGCCAUGACCCACACCGGCCACCUCUCCCUCAUCGACUCGACCGUGCCGGAGCUGUGGCUGCCUGAGGACGUGUGCGACACCUUCGCCAACAACUUCGGCCUGACCUACGACAACACCACGGACCUGUACCUCGUCAACGAUACCAUCCAUUCCCGCCUCACCGACCUCAACCCAGAGUUCACCAUCAAACUGGGCGACCAGAUCUACACCAGCGAGUCGAACAGCACCAACAUCGUGCUGCCGUACUCGGCCUUCGACCUCGAAAUCUCGGCCCCUGUCUACUCCAACGCGACGCGCUACUUCCCCAUCCGCCGCGCCGCCAACGACUCGCAGUACCGCCUCGGCCGCACCCUGCUCCAGGAAGCCUACCUCGUCGUCGACCACGAGCGCCGCAACUUCACCGUCGCCCAAGCCAAGUUCUCCGACCCGCUGCCCGCCGCCGACGUCGUCACCAUCCGGUCGCCCGAUGACGACGAGACCGACGGCACAUUCGGCAGCUCGACUGGGCUCAGCACUGGCGCGACCGCCGGCAUCGCUGUCGCCGCAUCUGUGGUUGGCGUGUUCCUGAUCGUGGCCAUCAUCUUCUGCUGGCGGCGCCGGAGCAAGAGAAAAGGGGCGGAGCAGAAGGCCAACGAGGCAUUGCAGCUGCAAGAACAACAACUGCUGCAACUACAACAACAGCAACAACAACAACAACAAGGAGAAGCGGCCAAAUGGCAUGGCUUCUUCCCCGCCGAGGUCGACAGCGGGCAGAUUUCGGAGAUGCAGGCGUCGAAACAUGACCACAUCAGGGGCAGAACCGAGCUGGACCCUGGCAAGGACAAUGCGUACGAGCUGGCGGCGGCGCAUGUGCCCAUGGUGUAUGAGAUGGAGGCGAACGACCCUGCGCGCAGGCACGAGGCUCCGAACGAUCCGCGGUUUUCGUGGCAAAGGUAA